AUGGCUCUUUAUAGAGAUGCACAGUUUUUGCUGUCGGGCAAUAUUGCUUUAAAAAUUGCAAAUGACAUUGAAAAAAGGAAACGUAGACAACAUAAAAUACUUUAUAGAUCCAGGAAUCUGCGCGGUGAAUUUUUCAACCUUUAUUUUGAUGUACGAAAUAACGAAGAAUACUUUUACGAUUAUUUGUCUAUGUCAAAAGAAACAUUUGACUACAUCUGCAAUGGAAUACGUAGCGAUUGUAAUCAUAGAGUGACCAACUUUAAAAAACCCAUUAGUGUGGAAGAAAGAUUGGUAUUAACAAUCAGGUACUUAACAACAGGAACCCCUUUUCGGAAAUUAGGAGUGCCAUUUCGCAUUUCAAAAACCGCAAUAGCAAGUAUCGUGAUGGAGGUUUGCAGUGCAAUUUGGAAUAAUUUUAACGAAAUACAUAUGAAGUUUCCAAGUAUCGAAGAUUUUAAGGAAAUAGCAAAUUCAUUUUCAAAUAAAAAUAAAUUUCCACAUUGCUGUGGGAAUCUGGACGGAAAACACAUUCGUGUCGUAAAGCCACAACUCUCUGGAAGCAUGUAUUUCAACUACAAAAAUUAUUACUCAAUUGUUUUAUUAGCGGUCUCCGAUUCAGACAACACAUUUCGCAUCAUUGACGUAGGUGCAUACGGGAAAGAUAGUGAUGGAGGCGUUCUCAGCAAUUCAAAAUUUUUUCAAGAACUUAACAGUGGAAAUAUUCAAUUACCACCCGAGGAACGAUUACCGAAUAGUGAUAUUGUGGCACCAUAUGUAUUUUUAGGGGACGAGGCUUUUCCUUUGAAAACGUUCAUAAUGAGACCUUAUCCAAGAACACAAGCAACAGGAAAUGCAGAUAAAUCAAGAUUUAAUUUCAAAUUGUCUACUACAAGGGUCGGUAUAGAAUACACCUUUGGAAUGGUUGCUAGUAAAUUUAGAAUUUUUUUAAAAAGCAUCGAAACAUCUGUGGACAAUUCAAUUAAAAUUGUAAAGGCAGUCUGUCUGUUGCACAAUAUUAUAAUACACAGAGAUAAGAGAGAACCAGAAUUAUCUGUAACAAAUAAUCAAUUAAAUAACAAUUUUGGAAGACUUCCUCGUAAUAGAGUUAAUAAUCGUGCUACAAUAACAGCAAUUAACUCUAGAGAACUCUUCACCACUUAUUUCUUUAAUAGAAAUGAUUCCUAA